CUAUUAAAAACGAAUCUGCUUUCUCUUCUUCAUCACCUUGCUCGAAUCCCGUUAAUCGAAAGCAGAUACAAAGACAAAUUCAAAGCGGAGGCACCGUAGGACACUGUAAAAUUCGCCACAGGAGAGAGAUAGAAAUGAAAAUCACGGCGUUGCUGGUGUUGAAAUGCGUCCCCGAGGGAGCCGAUCCGGUGAUCUUGGCCAACGCAUCUGAUGUUAGCCAUUUCGGUUACUUUCAACGCUCCAGCAUCAAAGAGUUCAUCGUCUUCGUCGGUCGCACCGUCGCCAAGCGCACUCCUCCGUCGCAGCGUCAGUCGGUUCAACAGGAAGAGUACAAGGUGCAUGCUUAUAAUAGAAAUGGACUAUGCGCAGUAGGAUUUAUGGAUGAUCACUAUCCAGUUCGAAGCGCAUUUUCACUUCUGAACCAGGUGAUAGAUGAGUAUCAGAAAAGUUUUGGUGAUUCAUGGAAAACUUCUCAGGCAGACAGCUCUCAACUGUGGCCUUAUCUGAAUGAAGCUUUGAUUAAAUUUCAGGACCCUGCAGAGGCUGAUAAAUUGUUGAAAAUUCAAAGGGAAUUGGAUGAAACCAAGAUUAUUCUUCAUAAAACUAUUGAUAGUGUGCUUGCACGAGGUGAGAAGCUGGACAGUUUAGUUGAAAAGAGUUCAGAUCUCAGCGCAGCAUCACAGAUGUUCUACAAGCAGGCGAAGAAAACUAAUCAAUGUUGUACCAUACUGUAAGCAUCCCAUGGCAAGGCGCAUAUAUCCUGUAAUGGCAUCAUUCACUUAUUACAGUGUUGAAGCUGAUGGAUGAUAUAAAGGUGAUUAUAAUAUGUUUAUAUCAUUUAUCAAUUGUUUGAUUGGAAGUUUUGUGGUUUUCAUCUUCUGGGUGGUCUUUGUGUUCUUGAUAAUCAGAAGUAAAGAAACGUUGUUGGCAAAAAUCUAGUAUCCUGGUACUUAAUGCUCUUCCAAUUCACAAGCAUAGCUUGUUUAUGUGUUUCUCUCGCUCUGAUUAUACAGGAUACGUCUACAUUUUCUGUACUAUGUAUUUGUAUCUAAUUUUUUAUUUCUAUAUAUUUUUUUCAUUGAAACUACAAAAA